ACACAUUUUGUUACUGACUGUCAACCUCGCACAUAUGGUAUAUUAUCAUCUCUCACGCACUUUGUUAUUGGCUAUUAAGAUAAAUUAUUUCAAAUGCUGUUAGCUGUCCAUAUUGUUGUAAAAUGUAUAAAUACCAUGGCUUUCUUUAUCGUUGUUGCACCUCAAUACACAGUCACAGUCCAGCCUUUGUCUUUUGAUAUUUGCGUGCUUUACUAAGUCGGAAGGUACGACGAGCAGAUAGACAGAUUAGUUCAGGCGCAGACAGAAUAAGGUGAAAACGUCUUCAUUCAAUUCCCUACAGUUAUAACAAAUUGGCGACGGGGUUUACCUUAAUUCAGUGCAGUUAUAACAAUUGGCGACGGGGAUUUACUUUAAUUCAUCGCAGUUAUAGCAAGCAAACGACGACAGUUUUUAUUCUGUUCAGCGCAACUAUAUAACAUUUUUGACUGUGUUAAUUACAACCCAAUUAUAAUGUCUAUCUCUCUGGACGAUCUUCCGGUGACUGCAGUUGAGGUUGCCAGACACACACUGCGUGAUCCAGUUUUACAGCAAGUAUCAAAGUUCAUCCGAUUUGGCUGGCCUCCACAUGUUCAUUCAAAUGUUUUAAAACAGUUUUACCAGCGACGCCAAUCCCUAUCCAUCGUUAAUGGAUGCAUAAUGUUUGCUGAUCGUGUUGUGGUUCCAGCUAAUCUUCGUGACCAUGUGCUUCGGCAGCUUCAUAUAUCACAUCCUGGUGUUGGGAGAAUGAAGGCGAUCGCUCGCAGUUAUGUUUACUGGCCCAACAUCGAUGACCAUAUCGAAGACCUCGUUCGCAAGUGUAGUAAAUGUGCUCAAGCAUCAAAGUGUCCACGCAAGACAGAACUAUGUUCCUGGCCACGACCGGACAAACCAUGGUCCCGUGUUCAUGUUGACUUCGCUGGACCGUUCAAUAGUAUGCAUUUCUUAAUAUGUGUCGACGCGUUUUCCAAAUGGCCAGAGAUAUUUCCUAUGCAUUCUGCCACAUCAAUUGCAACAGUGUCCCACCUACGUCAACUAUUCUGUCGUUUUGGUAUGCCUGAUGUUCUGGUGUCCGAUAAUGGAUCGCAGUUCACCUCAUCACUGUUCUCAGAUUUCUGCAAACUGUUUGGCAUCCAGCAUAUUCGUAGCCCCCCGUAUCAUCCCCAAUCGAAUGGACAGACUGAACGUUUCGUCGACACCUUUAAGCGUGCUUAUGCAAAAGCGAAGGGGGAGGGAACAACAGAAAAAAUUUUGGAUAAAUUCUUGCUGCAUUAUCGUACGAAUGAAAAAGGACAGUUAUGUGGCAGACACACAGAUCACGCUCUAUCCAGUACCACGCAAAGGUCAACUCGACAAAGAAGAGCUCCGAAACCUUUUCAAAUAGAUCCAAAAAGCAAGUCCUACACUCUUUACGGGGGGAGGUGAUAGGAUCCCACAUAUUUUGGUAUUGACUGUUUAAACUUGCAUAUAUGGUAUGUUAUCAUUCUCACACAUUUUGGUAUUGACUGCUAAUUUUGUAUAUUAUCAUUCUCACGCAUUUUGGUAGUGACUGCUAAUUUUGUAUAUAUGGUAUAUUAUCAUUCUCACACAUUUUG